GAGACGAGUUGCUUGCUUCACACCCUUGCUCUUGCGGUACAUUCCAUCUCAUCCCGUCCACUGCAUUUCGUCGUUCUUGUGAACCUGCACGAGACUACGAACAAUGUACAAUCUUUCACGCGCAUCCCGUCCCCUUGUCUCCCGUGCCCGGACCGCUGGGCUUGUCCGUCCUGGUCCGGCACCACUGAGUGCCUUUGCUCGCUACGCCAGCGACAAGGUACAAGGUCAGGUCAUCGGUAUUGAUUUGGGAACCACCAACUCUUGCGUGGCUGUCAUGGACGGAAAGACUCCCCGUGUGAUCGAGAACGCUGAGGGUGGCCGAACAACUCCCUCUGUUGUCGCCUUCUCAAAGGACGGCGAGUUGAUUGUCGGAACCCCUGCCAAGCGUCAAGCUGUCGUCAACCCCGAGAACACCUUGUUUGCCACAAAGCGUUUGAUUGGUCGUCGAUUUGAUGAUGCUGAAGUACAAAAGGACAUCGCGACAGUUUCAUACAAGAUCAUCAAGCACAGCAAUGGUGACGCUUGGGUGGAGGCUCGCGGGAAGAAGUACUCUCCCGCACAGAUUGGAGCUUUCAUUCUUCAAAAGAUGAAGGAGACUGCCGAAAACUUCCUUGGAAAGCCCGCUCAACAUGCUGUUGUCACUGUCCCUGCUUACUUCAACGACGCCCAACGUCAGGCGACAAAGGACGCUGGACAGAUUGCUGGUUUGGACGUGAAGCGUGUCAUCAACGAGCCCACUGCGGCUGCUUUGGCUUAUGGUUUGGAGAAGGCCGGUGACAAGGUUGUCGCCGUGUACGAUUUGGGUGGUGGUACAUUCGAUAUCUCCAUUCUCGAACUGCAACACGGUGUCUUCGAAGUAAAAUCUACCAACGGUGACACUCACCUCGGUGGUGAAGACUUUGACAACACAAUGGUCCGUCACAUCGUCAACGAAUUCAAGAAGGAGCAGGGUAUUGAUAUCUCUGGUGACCGUAUGGCCCUUCAACGUAUCCGUGAAGCCGCUGAGAAGGCAAAGAUUGAAUUGUCAUCCACUCUUCAAACCGAAAUUAACCUUCCCUACAUCACCGCCGACGCCACUGGACCCAAGCACAUUAACAUGAAGCUCACCCGCGCUCAGUUCGAGUCGUUGACCAAGACUUUGAUCGACCGCACCAUUGAGCCAUGCAAAAAGGCUCUUAAGGAUGCCGGAGUGACUCCCAACGACAUCAACGAAGUUCUCCUUGUUGGUGGUAUGUCUCGUAUGCCCAAAGUUCAGGAGACCGUCAAGUCCUUGUUCGGCCGUGACCCCUCGAAGAGCGUCAACCCUGAUGAGGCCGUUGCUGUCGGUGCCGCUAUUCAGGGUGGUGUUUUGUCCGGUGAGGUCGACAAGCUUCUUCUCCUCGAUGUUACCCCUCUUUCCCUCGGUAUCGAAACACUCGGAGGUGUCUUUACCCGUCUCAUCAACCGCAACACCACCAUCCCCACCAAAAAGAGCCAGGUCUUCUCUACUGCCGCCGACGGUCAAACCCAGGUCGAAAUUAAGGUCUUCCAGGGUGAGCGUGAAUUGGUCAAGGACAACAAGCUUCUUGGUCAAUUCAACCUCGUUGGUAUUCCACCUGCUCCACGUGGUGUUCCUCAAAUCGAGGUCACCUUUGACAUUGACGCUGACGGUAUCGUCAAUGUUGGCGCUCGUGACAAGGCCACUGGAAAGGACCAGUCGAUGACCAUUGCUGCGUCCUCUGGCUUGUCUGACUCUGAGAUUGAGAACAUGAUCAACCAAGCUGAGCAGUUUGCCGAGUCUGACAAGAAGCGUAAGGACGUCAUUGAGGCUAGCAACCACGCCGAGUCUAUUAUCAACGACACUGAGAAGGCCAUGAACGAGUUCAAGGAUCAAUUGGACAAGGCUGAGGCUGACAAGAUCCGUAGCCAGAUCAAGGACUUGCGGGAGAUGCUCGCCAAGGGCCCUGAGGAGAACUCACCUGAAACUAUCAAGGAGAAGUACGGUGAACUUCAACAAGCCAGCUUGAAGCUCUUCGAGAUGGUCUACAAGCGCCGAACAGCAGAGGGCGAAUCAAAGAGCGGCAAGACUGUUGAUGCCGAGUACAAGGACGUUGACGAUAAGAACAAGUCAUCGUAAGAUGUCAUCAACUUCACUUGUAGGCGGUGAUGCAGCAUUUCGAUGAGAGACCCAUUAUCCUUAUUAUAUGAUGAGGGGUUUCUGUGGGUGGUGAGGUGGGGGUUCUUUUGCAUAGAAUAGUCUCAUGAGUAGCAAGAGAGUAGGAUAGCAUAAUCUUGUGGUGUUGGGGGGAUGACGAUUCUGGCACGCACUUUUUGUUGAUUUUUCUCUUCAUUGUAACAAUAUUAUCCUUUUUCGUCUCCGAA